AUGAAUAGUGAUGAUGAAAGUGUUAUAGAAACUAAAGUUCGUAACUCAGAAAUGUCGUCAGAUGUAAAAAUCAGUCGAGAAUGUUUGAACCAAAGAGUUAAUAAAAAGGAUCGUAAAUACCAAGACAGUUACAUCAAGUUUGGAUUCACUUUCGAUGUUGAAAAAGGUGAGCCAAAAUGUGUUAUUUGUUUAGAAAGAUUAGCUUCAGAAAGUAUGAAGCCAUCAAAGCUAAAACGACAUUUAGUAACUAAACAUCCCCAAUUCCAACAUAAAGAGGAAGACUUUUUUAAAAGGUAUGAAAAUUCGAUAAAAGUUCAAAAAAAUACUAUGCGUAAUUUUACUUCAGUACCUACAAAAGCUCUAGCUGCGUCAUUAGAGGCUUCAUAUUUAAUUGCAAAAACCAAAAAACCACACUCUAUUGGUGAAUCUCUCGUUUUGCCAGCCGCUAUAAAAAUAGUAUCAAUUAUGUAUGGCGAAUGA